AUGAAAUUUACAACUAUUAUAAUUUUUAUUACAGCUUUGAUCUUCGUGAUCCUUGCUCAAUCUGCACAUGCAGAUUCAAAUGGUAAUUAUCUUCGAUUUCUUCAACUUUUUAAACACGAGAACAAAGUAAGCAAACGUUCGAAUAAUUAUGUUCAAUGUUGGAGUCAGUAUGGAGGAAAAGGUCGAUGUUGUGGAACAGUCGAUACAAGAGGUGUUGCAAUUGGUAAUAUAGAUAAUCAUUGUACUGUUCAACUCGGAGCAUGUUGUUAUGGUGGAGCCGAUCGUCGAUGUCAUUGGCAAUAUGGAGCAGUUUGUCCAUAA